UUUUAGGAGAUAUGUCACUGCCUGAAGAUAGUGGCACUACCAUCGUGUCGGUGGAUGCUCCCAGCAAUAUGCUGGACUACAUGGUAGCUGCGGCCAAUGAUCUACCACGCAUCCUCGAGAAGGUAAUUCAGUGUAAAAAACACAACUACUUCAGGGUCUAUGACUAUGCUGGAAGAUGUCUGAAAAACUCGUACCAAAAACUCUACACAAAACACAAUCUUCGAAUAUGUUUGUAUGCCCCAUCCGGAAGAUUAAUCUGUAAAAUCACAAAUUGUCAACAUAGUUCCUUGCUAAAGAAUGUGGUAGAAACAAUGUUCACAACAAUCUUCGUGUUCCUGGUGACGUUGUACAACGUCUUUCCGUUUCUUCCAGCCCUGAUAGCCUUGGUGCUACUCAUGGCCGCCGACAAGGGGGGCCAACUCCAUACUAGUAGCAGAUCAUCAGCUGAUGUCACCGUGUCCUACAUAUUGCUGGUUGGAGCAUUAAUUCUAGAGGUAUCCUCCUCUGCCAUGAUAAUUUUUUCUAUCUUCAAGCCCAAACUUGCAGCCAAGAACAUCAUCCUACCUGAAUGGACCAGAUCAAAACAGUGGUCCGAGAAGCUAGCACAAUACAACAUGAUCAAGGCCGUGCAAGCAGAUCAUCAUACCAAGGCUUCCUGCAUCAGUAAUUGCUUGGUUGCUAAGUGUGCUGGAUUACUUUGCUCGUUAACACAUAAGACCAUCACAGUUGAUCUUGGUCAAACCCCCAUCAAGGAGUUCAUCCUCGACAACCUAUUGGACUACGGAUUAAGAAAAGAGUGGAGCUGUUCCAGCUCCCGCGGCCAUCUAGUGCUUCAAAGGUGGAUUAAUGGCAGCUAUCAACAUCCUGGUUCUGCACUUCCGAAGAGCACCAGCGGCAGCGUCGAUUUCCCGACGAGCGUACUCAUCUGGCACAUUGCGACUGACAUAUGCUACUACGGCGAAAUCGAAUCAGGAGGAGGAGGAGCCGCCACCACCAGCAGCAGCAGCAGCAGCAGCACCAGCAGUUCGGAUCAACUGAAGGAUCAAAAGGAGAUGAGCAGGCAGCUGUCAAACUAUGUCAUGCAUCUUGUCUUCAAAAGGGGCGUGAUGCUUACUAGCAAGUCCCAGCUUGUACACGACAAAGUUUGUGCUGACCUAGGUGGUGAUGAGAAGGAUGCCAUCGUGAAGCUCUUCGAAACCAACAUUGAAGAGAAGAAGAAGCAAGCAACCGAUAUAGAUGAGGAACAAGCCGGCCUCAAUAGCACUGAAGCAAAAGUACACAUCCAUAGUGCUUCUCCUGCUACCACUACUCCAAGCAGUAAGCAUGCGCAGAAACUGGAACUCCUGCGGAGAGCCGAGGCAGCUCUUCAUCAUCCGGUGAUGUCCGAUGCACGAGAGGUGGCCAAGGUGCUCGGUGCCAUCGGCGGCGAAGCUAACCGCUGGGGCCUCAUCGCCGGCGUGUGGGCGGAGAUGCUUUACUACAUCGCGCCUCGUGCAGGCGCGGCUUUCCACUACGAGAGCCUAAGCACCGGUGGGGAGUUCAUCACGCAUCUUCUCUUUAUCAUGCGUCUUCUAGGGCCUUUCAUGCCAACCCCUGAUGGUGCUUCUUCUUCUUCUUCUUCUUCGGCUCCGUAACCAAGACCAUGUUGUGUCACAAGUAUAUAUGCAUGCAUCUGUGUAGUAAAUAAAUCUCCAUCUGUUCUACUCUGGUAGGAUGGAUCCAGCUAGCAGACCCGGAACAGUAAUUAUUGUAUGUUGUAACUGAACACUGUACAUGUAAGUUGUCCUGUGAUUUUUCAGUACUGCUGAAUUUGCCAGGUCUGUGGUGAUUCAUAACCAGUUCUUUUGUCA